AUGGAACGGGCCAAUAAAAUUUACCACUCGUCGCGGAACUUUAUGUUCAAAUAUAUUCUGGCGUUUCUGUGGACCAGCUUUAAUUUUUUCAUAUUCUGUAAGGCAUUCAGCAAUUACCACCAUGAUGCACAAUACUUCUAUCUUAGUCGAAUUCUCGGGAAUGGUUUGUGUGUGUCGCGUGGAACGGCUCCCGUACUUAACGUUACGAUGGCGCUCAUAACUCUACCUACGUGCAAAACGUUUAACUCACUACUCCACGCCAUCUUCGGAAGGUGUUCUAUGCGGCUCCUGAUUCACUAUUUGGAAAAGACAAAAGUAUUGCAUCUACUUCUUGGGUUCAGUCUGUUGAUUGUGGCACUCAUCCACAGUGUGGCUCACUUCGUAAAUAUAAUUAAUUUCGUUGGCAAUUACGAUGAACGCUAUCGUGAGAUCAAUUGGGCGAAUGGACCGGACGACAGUGUCGCCCGUUUACUGUUUACGACCCCGACGGGAUUUUCCGGAUGCAUUAUGCUGCUGACCCUGUUUGCCAUCGCAUUCCUGGCAAGACGAUCGGUACGGGAUCGUUUUUACAACAGUUUUCUUACCACGCACCAUCUAUUUCUGGUCUUCUAUGGACUGAUGUUUUAUCAUCCGCUCAGCAAUAUCAUUAAACAUCAAACGAACACCGAUAAGCACCGGAUCGCUUGCGACCUACUGGACAAUGUUACACUCCACAGCAACGAGGACCUUAUGGUGCUAUGCGAAGAGCCACCCAAGUUUGGGGUCGGUUUUAAACGUGCCUGGAUUUGGCCGUUGGUAGGGUUGCUGGUCUAUCUGGUCGACCUUAGCUACCGCCACCUUACAUCGCACUCCGAUCGCUACCGGGUCACGAUGGUGCAGAGCUACACGAUGGCGGGUCGGGCGGUGCAUCUUCGUCUCCAAUUCCUGCGGAAGUCGACGGUAAAGGUUCGGCCCGGGCAGUACGUUUUGCUUCAGUGUCCCUCGAUUUCGGCCCUCGAAUGGCAUCCGUUCACCAUAACCGAGCUACCAACGGACACCAGCAACAAUCUUACUCUAACGAUCAAAGUUCGAGGUGAUUGGACAGAGGAACUGUACGAGAGAAUUGGCCAACGGGAGCAUGCCAGACGUAACGUUGGAGAAAUGGAUCCAUACGGACGAAUGAAUUUUCUCCUGGAUGGACCAUAUCCGUCGGUUAUGAGUUCCAUGCUCGAUUACAAACGAAUUCUUUUUAUCGGAGCUGGUAUUGGCAUAACGCCAUUUGUUACGAUCAUGCGGCUACUGUUAAGCUCAAACAUUGAAUAUCCGGUUAGAGUACAUCUCGUUUGGAUCGCUCGAAGCAUGGAAUCGUUUCUUUGGUUUACGGACGAGAUCGCACGACUGCAAGAGAAGCUCUGGAGACAAAACAAACCGGACCGAUUUUGGGUAAAACUCUACUGGACGCAAAACUUUGAUGAAAAUCUGCUCGUCGAGUGUUUCGGUGAUAUGCCGUCGAUUAUUUCACGCAUGCACAAAGGUAGACCAAACUGGGACGACAUAUUCAUCGAUCUUGUUACUCUCUAUCCCAAGAAAUCCGUAUCGGUGUUUAGCUGUGGACCGAAAGAGCUGACGAAAGAGAUACGGGCCAAGUGUAAGGAGUACAGUAAACAUGGGUGCAACCUCAACUACUUUCACGAAGGAUUUGGAUGA